AGAAGAAAAGAAAUCGGUAUCUCAAAAAAAAAAAGAAAAAAAAAAAACUGACCGCCUCGCGUUGUCUCUUCCCUACUGCCGAUUCCUUCUCUCUCUAUCUGCCAUCGUAAUCGUCUCCGCCUCUCUUAGGGUUUUAUCCGUUUCUCGUGUUCCCAGAGCUUAUGUUCGUUACCAUUCGCUUUAUCCCUUCUUCUGAUUCAUGAGGUGGCAUUACGAUGGAUUGCAAGGAAAACGGUAUUAGUGACCCUUCUGGGUGUGGCUCUCUUUCUGGCGAUUUGAAUGCUAACUCUCUAGGUUCGAAUCUUGCGAUGGACAUCAAUGACACUUUAUCUGAGAAAUCGAAUUCUUUUGGGUACAAUAUAGAUGCAGUCACUAGUUUGGAGACUCCUCAGAUAGAAUCCGUUGUUAACUCAAGUAUGGAGGAGGGUCAACGGACCUGCUUUAUGGAGAGCGAGAAAAUGGGAGAUGAAAACUAUAACUGUAAAGAAAAUGCUGGGAACUCUGAUGAUGGUCUAGAUGUUUGUUGCAACGCUGAAGACACUCAGAAGCAGGGAGUGGUUUCAGAUGAGCUUGAACAAACUCAAGAAUUCAUUUAUGAUGCUGGUUUACUGGUGAACUGCAACACGCAGGAUAAUGGUAAGGAGAGUCAGGACACAAAAUUUCCCCUUGCAUCCAUUUUUUCUGGUAGUAUGCAAGAGGAAGGAGAUCCAGAGGCUAUAGAAGAUGAAGGCUAUGCUGGCACAAUAUUGCCUGUAGGGGACAAUGGAAUAGAGAAUGAGUCGAAUUUUUUGAAUGGUGAUGUACCAGAACAAUUAGGGUCUUUGGAAACCGUAAAGCACAAAAAACCUGAUGAAGUUGGAAGUGAUGGUAUUAGCUCCACCUUUGACAGUGGAGAUAAGGAAGAAAGAAAUGAAUCAUUGAGUGAUCAAGAUUCUGGUUCUUCUGAUGAUAUAUCUAUCUUUCAGAGUUGUCCGUUUCCAGAUCCAUUAAUGGACUCUGGUUUGUUUGGCUGUAGCGCCACAGAAAAUUAUCUGAUUGAUUCGUGUGAUGAAGGCAAUGUGCCUAUUGUGGUAUCCCCUUCAUUAGCUAUCACAGAAAUGCUAAGUAACAAUGACGGUGGCCAAUGUGCAUAUGAUCUUGAUGACAUCGCAGACACAGAGACAGUCAAACCAGAUUUGAAGCUGGUACAGGACGAGGAGCUUGACACUGAUCUUUCUGAGAAGAACGAUAAGAUGCUUAAGGAUCAUGUUGGUGAUUUGUCAAGUGAAAGGGUUGUGGCUGCUUUGAGUAUGAAUAAUGGUAUAGCUGCUGAUCUGAGGGCUGAAAGUUUUAGUCAGAUAUCACCGAUAGAUGAAACUACUUUAGGUAUGGAAGCCAACUCCCCUAUUACUGACUCGUCUUUGAUAUGGAACUCUCCAUUGAACUUUGAAAAUCGAGGCACUGAAAUCUGUAAUCCUGACAAUGCAGUUGAGCCACUCAGAAUAGUGGAUGGCAAUGGCAGAAUAGGUGGUGAAGUUGCUUCUGCAUCAGGGACUAAUUUUUGUGAAAUUGGCUUGUCAUCUUCCCAAAGGAAGGCGCGAAAUGGUAAACAGUGUAAACUGGUGCAGACAAAAAAGAAUGCUCCUCGUCAGAGAAAAUCUUCUAGAAAGAAACAAUCAGAAAGAAACCUUGAAUCAGUUUUUAAGUGUUCAAAGCAGAAGAGGAGUUCUCUUGUAAAAACAAGCCGUUCAUCUGAGUGGGGAUCAUCAAGCAGGACCUCUGAAAUCUUCAUACAGAGCAAUAAUAUUCCCUAUGAUGGACCUCCGCAUCAUGGCCCACAGAAAUCUCAGAGCAAUCUUAAUAAUGGAGAAUAUAAUCGAAGUUUUCAAAAUGGAUAUGUAGAAGGAUCUAAGAAAAACACCCAAGUAUCAACUGGCUCUUGCCUUCGUUUGAAAGUUAAAUUUGGUGGUGGCCAAAAUCCUCUGAACAUUACAGUCUCUAAGGUCAGUGGUAACUCUUUGCCUGCUAAUGGCAUUGUUAAGGCAGGGACAGGUUUGGAUUCGCCAAGAUCAACAAAUUUUGUUGAGGAUAAACUAAGAACAAUGGAAACUAAGGAGAACUUGGAAGAGAAAAGCAGCCCUGUGGAGAAACGUUUAUAUCAGCACUUAUCUGAUUCUAUUAGGGAUGAGAAUAGUAACCAAGAUGGGGGGUUAUGCAGGAAGCUGGUGAGUGAUGUUUCAGAUGAUCCACUCGUUUCUUCUAGUGUAAUGAUUGAAGAGUGCGAGAGGGCCACUGAAACGCGGUCCCUAGACGCUGAAACUUCACCAGAUUCCGAAGUUAUCAACUCUGUGCCUGAUUCUAUUGUCAGUAUUGAACAUAAAGGGGGUUUGCAUCAUGGUUUUUUCAGUACUCCAGAGGAUGCGGUCAACAAGGACAGAGGAUUAGAAAACAAAGAUGAAUUGGUUCUUUCAAAAUCUCCUUUAAAUUAUGGUUCACAUCUAAUUACCAGUGCAAAAAAGGGUAAACAUCCUAAGUCUAAAAGCAACGGAACAAAGAAAGGGAAAUCCAAGUUUUCGGAAUCUCCUAAAGACAAGAGAAAAAAUGAAUCUCAUGAGGGGGUAGAGCAACUCAAACCCAUGAAUAGCAGUAUUGGAAGAGAUGAUAGGGAUCAUCUUGAAAUAGAGAGAAAAGAGUCUCUCGAGACAACAGGUGCUCUUCUAGAUGCUGAUAUUGGGAAAACAUGUACCGUUAAUGGUACCAUAUCAUCAGAUGUGGGCCAUAGGGAAAUGGUUGUGGACGUUACUAUUGAGGAUAGCUCUUCCUCAGAGAGUGCCUGGGUUCGAUGUGAUGAUUGCUUUAAAUGGCGACGGAUUCCUUCUUCUGUUGUAGGAUCAAUUGAUGAGAGCUCCAGAUGGAUCUGUAAGAACAACUCAGAUAAAAAAUUUGCGGAUUGCUCAAAAUCUCAAGAGAUGUCAAAUGAAGAUAUUAAUGAAGAACUAGGCAUAGGACAGGAUGAAGCAGACGCGUAUGAUUGUGAUGCGGCCAAAAGAGGGAAAGAAAAGGAACAGAAGAGCAAGCGUUUGACAGGUAAGCAAAAGGCGUGCUUCAAGGCUAUAAAAACAAACCAGUUUCUUCAUCGCAAUCGUAAAAAUCAAACAAUCGAUGAGAUAAUGGUUUGUCACUGCAAACCACCACCUGAUGGUAGGUUGGGUUGUGGAGAAGAAUGCCUGAAUAGAAUGCUUAACAUUGAAUGUCUUCAAGGUACCUGCCCGGCUGGCAAUUUGUGCUCAAAUCAGCAGUUUCAAAAACGGAAGUAUGUUAAGUUUGAGAGAUUCCAAUCUGGUAAGAAGGGUUAUGGCCUAAGAUUGCUCGAGGAUGUACGAGAGGGGCAAUUCCUUAUUGAAUAUGUUGGAGAGGUGCUUGAUAUGCAAUCUUAUGAGACUCGCCAAAAAGAAUAUGCUUGCAAGGGUCAGAAACAUUUCUAUUUCAUGACACUGAAUGGGAAUGAGGUAAUAGAUGCUGGUGCAAAGGGAAAUUUAGGGCGUUUCAUUAACCAUAGCUGUGAACCAAACUGCCGUACUGAAAAGUGGAUGGUGAAUGGUGAAAUUUGCGUUGGAAUAUUCUCUAUGAAAGAUCUUAAGAAGGGUCAGGAGUUGACAUUUGACUACAACUAUGUGAGGGUUUUCGGUGCUGCUGCCAAAAAGUGCUAUUGCGGAUCGUCACAUUGCCGAGGGUAUAUUGGGGGGGAUCCUCUGAACGGUGAUGUAAUUAUUCAAAGUGAUUCAGAUGAAGAGUAUCCUGAACUUGUGAUCCUUGAUGAUGAUGAAAGUGGGGAAGGAAUCUUAGAUGCAACAUCUAGGACCUUCAUUGAUGACGUUGACGAGCAAAAGCCACAGAACUCUGAAAUGGUUAAUGGUUCCAAGGACCUUUCUCCUGGUAAUUCCCAAACACAGAGCUCGGUAUCUGUAAAACUUCCAGAGAGAGAAAUUCUUCCACCUCUUCAACCAACUGAAGUUCUGAAGGAACUUUCGUCUGGCAUGCCUAUUAGUCCUCUCGAGCAGGAGGUUCCUGUUGAAAAGAAGACUAAAAGCACAUCUGCCACGUCCAGUUCUCUCAGCAAACUGUCCGCGGAUGGUACAAAUGCUGAUAAGACGACAAAGGAUGGAUUGAGCGAAGAUAAAAAGAUACUUCCACGACCCCGUCCUCGCAUGAAAACUUCUCGUUCAUCUGGGUCUAGUAAGCGAGAAAAAGGAGGAAGUCUUCCUGGUGUUAACAAAGCACAGAUUAUACCAGUGAGUAAGUUGCAACAGCAACCCAUCAAAUCUAAAGGAUCAGAGGACGUUUCUCCUAGCGGGCGUAUUGAAACAUUUGAAGGGAAACUGAACGAGUUACUAGAUGCUGCGGGAGGGAUAAGCAAGCGGAGGGAUUCAGCAAAAGGCUACUUAAAACUUCUGCUUCUCACUGCUGCUUCCCGAGGCACAAAUAAUGAAGGAAUUCAAAGCAAUCGAGAUCUUUCAAUGAUUCUUGAUGCCCUUUUGAAGACAAAGUCAAAAUCUGUUCUAGUGGACGUCAUCAACAAGAAUGGUCUGCAAAUGUUACAUAAUAUCAUGAAACAAUACCGGAGUGAUUUUAAAAAGACCCCUAUUCUCCGGAAACUUCUGAAGGUAUUAGAGUAUCUUGCUACAAGGGAAAUCCUUGCAUUGGAGCAUAUAAUUAGAAGGCCUCCUUGUGCAGCGAUGGAAAGCUUUAAAGAUUCUAUUCUAUCAUUCACCGAGCAUGACGACAAACAGGUUCAUCAAAUUGCACGGAAUUUCCGAGAUAGAUGGAUCCCUAAGGCUUACAGAAAACCUAGGCGCAUCGACAGGGAGGAAAGAUCAGAGUCUAUGAGGUCGCCUAUAAACAGUAGGUUCAGAGCAUCACAAGAACCUAGAUAUGAUCAUCAGUCCCCAAGACCUGCAGAACCAGUUGCGUCUGUCAUAUCAUCAAGGGCUGCAACUCCUGAAACAGCAUCUUUAUCUGAGAGAUAUUCAGAACCUAAUUCCAGUCUUCCCGAGAAAAAUGGACGCAAGCGCAAAAGUAGGUGGGACCAGCCGUCUAUGACAAAAGAACAAAGAACCAUGACUAUCUUGUCUCAUCAAACAGAUGAAACUAAAGGAAAUCAGGAUACCCAAGAUGACCUUCCACCCGGGUUUUCAUUACCCUGCACGGAUGUGCCUGAUGCAUUUGCAAUUACCGCACAGCCACAACAAAAGUUCCUUUCUCGGUUACCGGUCUCGUAUGGGAUUCCACUUAGCAUCAUUCAUCAAUUUGGUUCACCCGACAAAGAGGACCCAACCACCUGGUCUGUUGCUCCUGGCAUGCCGUUCUAUCCAUUUCCACCUCUACCGCCAGUGUCUCAUGGAGAGUUUUAUGCCAAGAGAAACGGAACAGCCUGUUCUUCCUCCAUGAGGAUCCCGACUUGCUCCAAUGAGAUUUCACCGGCUACAACUGGUAUCGUGACUGACUCAACCCCUCCAAACCGGAAGAGAGAGUUUUCCUCUGAUAUAGGAACAAGUUACUUUCGGCAACAGAAACAGAACAUUCCUCCAUGGAUGCGGAAUAAUGGGUGGGGAAAAACAGCAAGCAGCCCUAUACCUGAAAAUCUAACUGUAGAGAAGAAACUCAACAAUUAAGUAUUCUUAACUUUAGAGAAAGUACAGCCCAUGAAGUUGUUAUGGAGACAAUGCAGCACUUGAGGAGAAUUAUAGUGGUUGAUUGGUUAGUUUGGCUCAUAGGAAAAUCCCCUUUAGGGGACUCAUAUGCGUUUCUUUUCUUUCCUUUUCAACUCUUUUUCAGUAUAUUCUAAAUUCUUUUGUUUA